AUGGCCGCGUACUGCCUGGGCUUGGCGGGCGCCGCUUCAGCACCAGCGGAGCUGGACAGCGCCUGCUGCAUGGAGCUGCAGGGGGCCGCGGGAGCAGGAGCCGCCCGGAGCCCCGCAGCCGCCGCGGCCGCCUUAGCUCCGCUCCAGGGCGGCCCGGGGGAGCUGGAGCUGGCGCUGGAGGAGGAGCUGGCUCUCCUGGCCGCCGCCGGGGAGCAACGGCAGCAGCAGCAAGUCGGAGAGCAGGACGCGGGGCCUGCCCCGGCCGGGCAGCAGCCCGAGCUGCUCUCGCUGAUCAGGCAGAAGGAGAAGGACUUGGUGCUGGCCGCCCGGCUCGGGAAGGCGCUGCUGGAGAGGAACCAGGACAUCAGCCGGCAGUACGAGCGGAUGCACCAGGAGCUCACCGACAAGCUGGAGCAUCUAGAGCAAGAGAAACACGAAUUAAGGCGACGGUUUGAGAACAGAGAAGGGGAAUGGGAAGGAAGGGUGUCUGAGUUGGAGAGCGAUGUGAAACAGCUACAGGAUGAGUUGGAGAAGCAGCAGGUUCAUCUUCGUGAAGCAGAUCGAGAGAAAACACGAGCCGUCCAGGAAUUAUCUGAACAGAACCAAAGACUCUUGGAUCAGCUCAGCAAGGCAUCAGAGGUGGAGAGACAACUCUCAAUGCAGGUCCAUACCCUUCGAGAGGACUUCCGGGAGAAGAACUCAUCAACCAGUCAACAUAUAGUACGACUUGAAAGUCUCCAGGCUGAGAUUAAGAUGCUUACAGAUAGGAAGCGGGAGCUGGAGUGUCGCCUUAGUGCCAUGAUGGAGGAAAACGAUCUGCUUCAGGGAACCGUGGAGGAACUGCAGGAGCGAGUGCUGGUCCUGGAAAGACAAAGCCAUGAUAAGGAUCUGCAGCUGUAUCAAAGUCAGCUGGAGCUCCAGGAGGUUCGGCUGUCCUGUCGGCAGCUCCAGGGAAAGGUAGAAGAGCUUAGCGAGGAGAGAAGUCUCCAAAGUUUCAACACAACCAGCACAUCCCUGCUAUCUGAGAUUGAGCAGAGCAUGGAGGCAGAAGAACUGGAACAAGAGAGAGAGCAGCUGAGACUGCAGCUCUGGGAGGCCUAUUGCCAAGUCAGAUAUCUCUGCUCUCAUCUCAGAGGAAAUGACAGCGCAGACUCUGCAGUCUCCACAGACUCCUCCAUGGAUGAGUCUUCAGAAACCUCAUCAGCCAAAGAUGUCCCCGCUGGCAGUCUACGUGCCGGUCUCAAUGAGCUGAAGAGGCUGAUACAAAGUGUUCUAGAUGGCACGGACUCCCCGAGUUCUCGGAGAAGUGAUGACGAUGCCUUAGAAGAACAGAUCAGGCAAACAAGUGAGGACUCAAGAGCCCUGAGGGAGUUAAUGGAGGGAGAAAGAGGAAAACUGAGGCAGAGCCUGGAGGAACUGCAGAGACUUCACAGCCAGGUGACGCUGCUGAGUGUGGAGAUGACUGCGCUGAAAGAAGAAAGGGACAGGCUCCGAGGGUCAGCUGAAGAUAAGGAGACAAAUGAACAGCUUCUGAAGGCCAUCAGGGAUCGAGAUGAGGCCAUUGCCAAGAAGAAUGCAGUGGAAAUGGAACUAGCCAAGUGCAAGAUCGACAUGAUGUCUCUGAACAGUCAGCUGCUGGAUGCUAUUCAACAGAAACUGAACCUCUCACAGCAGCUUGAGGCAUGGCAGGACGACAUGCACAGGGUCAUUGACCAGCAGCUGAUGGACAAACAUCUGAAGGAAUGGAGCCAGCCUGCUUAUUCCUUCUCCAAUGGCUACAGAGCAAAGCGGUCUGCAAGACCCUCCCCCGUGUUCAGGCCGGAGCAGCAGGGGGAUGAGCCCAUUGGGGCAGAAAGGAACCGUCUCUUUUCCUUUUUCAAGAAAAAUUAA